CUCGGGUAGAAAUCUUUUAGGUUUUGAUCACGCUUUUUUCUGUCCCACAAACUUAUUUUUUCUGACUUCAAAACCCGUUAGAUCCUGUAUAUAUAUCUAAUACUUCCUAAAAUGAAUUGAAUUCUAUCAUAUUUGUAGUGUAUUUUUAUUAAGGAGGUUAAAAUCAUGAAAUCUCAAGCAGACAUCUGUUGUCGCCUCCUUCAUUCUUUCACCGUCAUCACUUUAAUAGUUUUGUUUGUGUUUUUGUAUGGAUUUAACGGUGUUGAAAGCCUCGUAGAGGAUCAGGAAUACGAAAAGGAAACGAAAAAUAAGGAUAACACAUGCAAGGAUUCCACGAAAUGCAAGAGUGAAACAAUGACAAAGGAUCAAAAAGAGAAGAAGUGUUGGGGAUAUGAACCUGGAUGCAAGGAGUGGUUUAUCACACCAAAAUGUAACGAUGAGAAAGGAUGGAGACACUUUUCUUCAAAUGAAGAAAAAGUUGAACAGUUUUGGAAAGAAGCAGAUUUUGGUUAUGUCAAAAACUUUAAGGAAAAUUUACAAAAAAUCUGUAAGCCAUUGAAGUCUGCUAAAAAAGCUGGUUCAUCAUUUGCCUGUACUAAACAUUUGUCUUACUGCAAAGCAAAGAAUCUUUAUAUGGACUUAAGAGAUGAUGGGAGACCUCUGCAAGAAAGAUUCAAAUCCGACAUGUUCAAAGAGGGUCAGCUUGGCGGUUUCUGCAAACUUGAUUCACAAGCCAUCCAAAAGCUUAACGAAGGAUACAACAUGGAACUCACUUCUUGGCUCAGUCAAAUAGAGAAGUAUACAUCUUUGCCUUUCAAUCCAAUCGAAGAUGGACAUUGUGAUGUUGUUGUGGAAAGACCAACCAUCUUCAUGAAAUUAGAUGCAGUUGUCAAUAUGUAUCAUCAUUUCUGUGACUUCUUCAACCUUUUUGCCACUCUACAUGUCAAUGGUUCAUUCAGUACCGACAUCAACAUUGUUCUUUGGGAGAGUUAUGCCAGAUACAGUUUAGGUAAUUUUCAAGAAACAUGGAAGGUCUUCACAAAACAUCCAAUCUUGUACUUAGGAAAUGAAUAUGGUGGCAAAAGAGUCUGCUUCAAGCGUGCUAUCUUUGCUCUUCUUCCUCGUAUGGUCUUUGGUCUUUACUACAACACUCCCUUGAUUCCUGGAUGCUCGAACAGUGGGUUGUUCAAAGCAUUCUCAGAACACGUUCUGAGUAAACUGGACAUCAAACAAGAAAGAACCACGAAGGAUAAAGCCCAACCAAUUCGCGUAACAUUCCUGUCAAGAGGAACAAAGUAUAGAGAUGUUCUCAAUCAAGAUGAGUUAGUAAAUGCAGCCAAGGAAAUAAAAGGCGCGAGUGUCAAAGUUGCAACUUACACAUGGGACAUGCCGUUUCUGGAGCAGCUCAAGGUGACGCAUAAUUCAGACAUAUUUAUUGGGAUGCAUGGUGCUGGAUUAGCGCAUGCGCUCUUUCUCCCUGAUUGGGCCCUUCUAUUUGAACUAUACAAUUGUGAAGACCCAAACUGUUACCGCGAUCUAGCAAGGCUCAGGGGACUAAGCUAUCUGACGUGGGAGAAAAAAGAUAAAGUAGUCGAGAAAACAGAGGAGCUUCAUCCCAGGUACCCCGAACACCCAAAAUUUAGAAACUAUGAAUUCGAUGUCACAGAGUUUAAACGCCUGCUAAUGACAGCUGUCAAUCAAGUUCGACGGAAUCUAUCACAGUUACCUCGACAUCAACGGGAUGAGCUAUGACAAUGUGGGUUUUUAAGAUUAUAGAGUAAAACUUAAUUUACUAUUAAUGUAUUAUUAAUAUAUUAUUCAAUAUUUUAUAUAUGCAUUUUAUAGCAUAUUUAUCUAACCAGUAAUUCUCGUUCCCAGACCCUACUCUUUAGUCAAAUCGCUGGCUAAUGAGUAGGGUCUGGGAACGAGAACGACUGAUCGAACAAGUGUACUAGUAAACUUCACUAAUAUUAUUGUGGAGGAGAAAACGGAAGCUAGUAUUUUUGUUUUUAUUCUUUUAAUUCGCAUAUGGAUUAUCCCCCGUCCAGAUGUCGUUUUCACAUAACAUGUUAUCACUAUGCAUCUGUGAAAUUUUCAUAUCUAGUUUUGGCUGCAAUUAUUGAUAUGCCUUCCAAGCACCAUUUUUUUAUUAUUAUAUAAAAUAAAAUUUCAUCAAAAUGUG